AUGGAAUUCCCUCGUCAUAGAAUCUUUAAUUUUGAUGGAUCGGGAAUAUCAACGACGCCUAAUGAUAUAUCCAAAGUAAUUUCACCAAUUGAGGUGGAGAAAUGGAUGGUGACUCACCCAGGACUUGCUGUUGCCCAAUCACACUUCAGUGCAAUAUUUAGAGAAUCAUACAACAGGAUCUCAACUGUUGAGAUAGCUGUUAAAGGGCUUAAAACAACUGGAACAUAG